GUCCUGCAGCAUUUCCUCCAGUUUCUACUCUCAGGCUGCUGGAGACAAUCUGCCACCAUGUCCGACCGAGGAACCUUCGACACCAAUGUGGUCACCAUUACCCGCUUCCUGAUGGAGCAGGGCAGGAAGGCGAAGGGGACAGGAGAGCUGACAACGCUGCUGAACUCGCUGUGCACUGCGGUGAAGGCCAUCUCCAGCGCUGUGCGCAAAGCUGGGAUCGCCCACCUUUACGGCAUUGCUGGCAGCACUAAUGUGACAGGUGACCAGGUGAAGAAGCUCGACAUUCUGUCCAACGACCUGAUCAUAAACAUGCUUAAAUCCUCCUUCACCUCUUGCUUGCUGGUGUCGGAAGAGAAUGAAAAAGCCAUCAUCAUAGAGCCAGACACAAGGGGUAAAUACAUUGUGUGCUUUGACCCCUUGGAUGGAUCCUCUAACAUCGACUGUCUCGUCUCCAUCGGUACCAUCUUUGCCAUCUACAAAAAGACCACAGAUGAUGAACCAUGUGAGAAGGAUGCCCUUCAGCCUGGCAGGGACCUUGUAGCAGCAGGCUAUGCCCUCUACGGGAGUGCCACUAUGAUGGUGAUCUCCACCGGCCACGGAGUCAACGGUUUCAUGCUCGACCCAGCAAUUGGUGAAUUUAUCCUGGUUGAUCGGGAUGUGAAAAUCAAGAAGCGAGGCAAGAUCUUCAGCUUGAAUGAAGGCUACGCGAUGCACUUUGAGCCUGCUGUCACAGAGUACCUGCAGAAGAAGAAGUUUCCUAAGGAUGGCAGUGAGCCCUAUGGUGCCCGUUAUAUUGGUUCCAUGGUGGCAGAUGUCCACCGAACACUGAUGUAUGGAGGAAUCUUUUUAUACCCAGGAAAUGUGAAAAACCCAGAGGGAAAGCUGCGACUGCUGUACGAAGGCAACCCUAUGGCCUACAUCAUCGAGCAGGCAGGUGGUAUGGCCUCCACCGGCUGGGAGAACAUCCUGGACAUCCAGCCUGACAACAUCCACCAGCGGGCCCCUGUGGCCAUGGGCUCUACUGAGGACGUGCUGGAGUACGUCGCCAUCUGCAAAAAGCAUGCCAAGAAGUGAGGACCGCACCGACUCUCUCACAUAACCACCGUCUGGCCAGAACCUUGUAUCUUCAAACUUUCAGGGACUAGAAGACUUAGUUUGAGCUUGACAUAAAUGUAUUUUUGAUCAUGUACUGUGGAGUUUGAAAGAGGUUUUUCACGCCAAAAGUAUCAGGGUUUUUUCUUAGUGAAUAAGAAUAACCAAAUUUGGAGUUACAAGGUUUACAUGCCGUACCAAUGAUAUUUAUUUCUGCACAGCAGAAAGUGGUACACAUUCCACUAAAAAGAAAAGUACCAAAAAAUGUGCCAAAAAACAAAGACAAAUACACUUGAUUAAGCAAGUGAAGUCUAUUCCUCAUUUUACCUCCAGUUGUGCCUUUUUGAUUAGAAUGAAGAGACAUUCUAGACAUGUGAAGGACCAAAUACAACCUCUAUGCAAUGAAGUUGGAUGCUUUUUAUUUUGUGAACAACUACUGUGUGGACUGAUGCAUCUCAAUAAAUCCAAAUGAGCCUG